UUUCAAUUAUUCUAUUCUGCUCGAAACCAGAAAAAACGGUUAUGGUGUCUGCAGCUGAAAACCCUCAAGCACUUGCAGCAUUGAAGCCUCUCAACGAUUCCUUCACCGAUGAUCAAGAAAUUCUCAAUACUUAUGAGGUUUGCAUUACAAGCUGCAGCAGGAUCUCACAGCAAGGAAGAAGUUAGAGCACUAAGAAAAUAUGUUAAAGAUGUGAAUCGAGCUUGGGAGACCUUUGAGAAGACACUCUGGGGGCACAUUUCCAAUUUCUAUAAACUUUCUAAAGAAAGGUUGGACACUGAUAGAAAAUCCCUCUCAUUGCAACUACUCUUGCAGCAUGUUAUUGGGUUACUUCAUUGCAGUGGUACAUCACCGUAAGCUUGCUGAGUUGUGGGGCUGGGUUUAGUCCACUAUUGUCUCUCGAUAUGGCAUAUGUAGUGUUUAUGAGACUUGAAAAUCCUCACCUUACUAGUCAAUUUUUAUAGGGUUGAGUUAGGCUCUAAGUCUAAAUUGUAAAAUGAUACCAUAAUCUAUUUUAAAAUUUAAAUAUGUUGUUGGGUUUCCGAUAUUGUUCACACUCAAUGUCAUUGUAGUUGGGCAUGAGGAGGUGUAUUGGAACAUCCACUUUAAUUGCAGCCAAGGGCCAGCCAGUCCUUCAUUAUGUUAUUGAGCUACUUCAUUUUCCUUCAUUGCAUUUGUAGAACACCAUAAGUGUGCUGAGUUGAGGGUGUAAGUUUAGGGCCAAGCCGCCAAAUUUCCUAGAGAUGUGAUAUGACAUUUGUAGUGCUUAUAAGACUUAAGCAUCCUCACCUUAUAAGCCAUAUUUGUGUUGUUGAGUUAGACUCUUAGCCCAUAUUUUAAGAGACACAUUUGAGUCUUAUGUUUGUUAAAGUACACAUUCAAUUGUGAUAUGCUAUUCCUUUAGUACAUUAUUAUGCGUUGCUUUGUAGAACACGAAGUUAUAUGCUUUGGUUGUGAUAAGAUCCUCAAGUUUCUCCCCAAUUACUAUUUUACUUUUCUUCUCCUUUGUCUUUGCAGUCCACAAACACUGGUUCAUGCUUUCCGGAUUGUUGAAAUGCAAGAAACCCUCGAUCAACAGGUUGCAGAGGAAGCAGCCAAGCCUGAUGAAGAGUACGGUGCAACUGCACCAGUUACAAAUCCUCAAAGAAGUACCAUAAAAUCUAAAAGUGCAAUGGCGUCUUCAAAAAACUUAACACUGCAAAAACUGAAGGUUCAGGGAAAAGGCUAUGAGGACAAAUGCCAUGAGCUAGUUAUAAAGACAGUUAAAGGGCGAUUUAAUAAACUUCUUAAUGAGCUUGUGUUUGAGGACCUGAAGGCAGCUUUAGAGGAAGCUCGAAUGAUUGUAGAGGAACUCAGAAUUUUUUUUGACUAUGUAGUAGCCCCCUACUUUCCUCCAAGAUAUACGAUGUUCCAACUAAUGGUAAAUGUUUACACAGAGAGGUUUAUUCAGAUGCUAAGAUUGCUGAGCUACAGGGAAAAUGCCUUGUCAAAUAUUGAAAUAUUAAAGGUAAUAGGUUGGGUGAUUGAAUAUCAGGAUAAUCUGAUUUGCCUUGGAGUUGAUGAGUCUUUGGCCCAUGUGUGCUCUGAGAGUGGUGCAAUGGAUCCUCUUGUGAAUACAUAUGUUGAACGAGUGCUAGCUACAACAAGGAAAUGGUACUUGAAUAUUUUGGAGGCAGAUAAAACACAGCUCCCAAAGGAAACUAAAGACGGGAAGCUAUAUACCCCAGCUGCUGUUGAUCUAUUCAGGAUACUUGACGACCAAAUUCAAAUUGUUCAAGAUCAUAGCGCCGAUGUUAUGUUGUACAGAAUUUCCUUAGCUAGUAUUCAGGUGAUGAUUGAUUAUCAAACAGCCGAAAAGAAGAGACUUAAAGGACCAGCUUCUGAGAUUGGUGUGAAACCUUUAUGUGCUAUGAUUAACAACAAUUUGCGCUGCCAUGAUUUUGCGUUGAAGCUAAGUCGUGGGAUUUUAGAAGCCCUUCCACAGAACUAUGCAGAGCAGAUAAAUUUUGAAGAUACCAGUAUGGGGUUUCUUGAGGUUGCUAAGGAAGCUGUUGAUCAAAUUACAAGCGUGAUAUUUGAAGAUCCUGUAGUUCAGGAUCUGCUAGUCAAGCUAUACCAGAAAGAAUGGAGUAAGGGACAAGUUACUGAGGAGGUGGUUGCAACAUUUGAUGGAUAUUUUACUGAAGUAAGAAUGUACAUUGAAGAAAGAUAUUUUGGGAGAUUCGUCGAAGCUUGCCUGGAAGAAACGGUGGUUGUUUAUGUUGAUAAACUUUUAACACAGAAAAACUAUAUUAAGGAAGAAACUAUUGAACGGAUGAGGCUAGACGAGGAGCUUAUUGUGAACCUUUUUUGGAAACAUAUUAGUGUUUCUAAAGUUGAACACCGAGUGAGUGUACUUAGUAACUUGAGGGAGCUUGCGUCAGCAUGGAGCCUGGAUACCUUCACACUCUUCUAUAAAAAUAUACUUGAGCACCAUCCUGACUGCCCGCCUGAAGUUGUCAAGAAACUUAUUGGCAGACGAAAAGAAAUUUCUUGUAAAGAUGCCACUGAGGUCAUAGAAGUUUGCCAAGAGAUAUAUGAAAGAUCUCUAGUUGAUGCAAGACCUUUAAAGGCAGGUUUUAUUUUUUCAAAGGUGGAGUGCUUAAAAGUGGAUCAAGAGGGACUUGGUCAUAAACUCAUUGGAAACGCGGAUAGCCACGUCGAAGGGCUAACCCGUAUGUACAAGUUUGUAAUGAAUAGAUUCAAGUAAGCUGGUGUAGUGGCAUGAUGGUCCUUCAUACUCAUGAUUUAUGAUUCAAACACGAUGAGUGAUAUUUGAGCGCAACAUUGCUCGUUUUCCACAUUUUAAAAAACUUCACUAGAAGUACACGUUUGAACGAAAAUAAAAGUGCUUUUAUCCAAA